CUCAGCCCGCGCUAACCACCCCCCCCAGCUGGCGGUCCGCCUGUAUAUCAGACCACUUCCUGAGGUUCCCGAUUAAACCCCCCUCCAGAUUGGCUCCCCUGAGGAGGGCUCCAUGGGUUCGUCGCCGCCGCUGCCGUUGCCGUUACGGUUGCUGUUGCUGCUGCUGCUGUCGUUGCUGUCCGUACGGCCUUGGUCGACCCAGUAGUUGGCUGCAGGCCUGCAAUCAAGGUCAAGCUCUAUCUAGGUAAAUGCGCCUGGGGACCCAUCUCCCUCCGUUUAGUCCGCCGGUGAUGGUAGCACGCUCCUCCCUGCCAGCCUUAUUGAUUGCAUGACCUUUCUCUUCCCGGCCUUGCCUCUUCCAUCGUCUGUCCAGUUCGCGCCGCCAUGGUCCUGGAGGAACCCCAACCCCAGCCUUAUGGAAAUACCACUUCCGGAGUCACGGCCGUCACACAGUCCAAGCCUGCAAGUGCAAGGCCCACUGUGGUCCGCAAGAAGUUUGCAAAGCCCCCCGUCAAAGUAGCUUGUCUGGCCUGUCGUGCUUCGAGGACACGUUGUGAUGGCCAAGAUCCGUGCACCAAUGUAGGUCUGCUUUCUUCUUUCAUCGCUGUCCUCGGCUUUAUAGUAUUUUGCAACGUUUGUAAUCUGUCGAGGGGUUUUUUUUCUCUCUUUCCGUUUUUCCGUUUUGUUUUCAAAUCCCUGUUUCAUUGGCCCGUGCACCGUCAUUGCUCUUGCUUGCUCUUUGAGCCUCAUUGCCCUUCGCCAGCAGUCCAACCCUCUGGGGUAUAUGAUAGGACAUGUGCUGAUGUUGUUGCCGUUUCAAAGUGUCUUGGCAAGAAGAAGAAGUGCUCCUAUUUGCCUAGUAAGCGAGGUGGUCCAAGGAAGAAGAAGAAGACGUCAAUAGCUGCAGACGCCCUCGUCCAACCAGACGAUGUCCAUAAUCCAACUGUCCCCCUGGUAUCUUCGGGGUUUGAUGAGUCUUCCGGGAUGUUUGGCCAGAUCGAUGUCCUCUCGAUUCCGGGAGCAGGGCUGAGAAGCCUGGAUUUUCCCCCGGGUGUCCAGGCCAUGUUUCCGGCUCUCUUCGUGCCCAAUGGCGAGCACAAUGCCCAUGUUCAGAUGGAGCCCACACCCUCUCCAUCAAACAUUCCAUCGCAGUCCUUGGUCAGGACGUAUGAGAGUGAUCCCGCCAUUCUGAACGCCUAUUAUGACUUUAUACACCACUAUUUCCCUAUCUUUCCGCCAAGGGUCACACCCCCUACUCCAGACCAGCCUUUGGAUUGCAUCGGUUCAUUUACGGAGUCACCCUCUGAGAAGCCCAUCCUCGCCUUCAGCUCACAGUCUCCCCUGAGUCUUGCAUUAUCAGCAAUCCUAGCUCUGAUUCCGCACCCAAAUGAUCCGGAGCCUUCCGGACCCGCGUCCGUCAUCCGCCGGCGGACAUAUGCGCAAACAUUUGCGCAAUUAGCAAAUGCUAGCAUCGAGUCCGAUUGUGAACUCCAUGCAUCAUCUACCGAUCCCGCCGAGGCGCUGUCAAGCGAGAGGCCUCUCCUUGAUCGCAAGCCAAUCCACUCUCGGACACCAGUCGAACUAGAAUGCGUCCUUGCACUUCUGGUGCUUUCAAUUUAUGAGUACACUCAGCGGGGAAAUCUCCUCAAGAUGAGGUACCGUGCUGGCCAGGCUUUGGCCAUAGCAUUGGACAUGUCUUUGCAUGCUCUCGGGGAUGAGUACGACGACUUCGCGGAGGCUCGACGAAGGGCUUGGUGGAUGACUUAUUAUUGUGUUCUUCAAGGGUCGAUUGUUAGCACCACGCCGCUCUCUAUUGUCGCGAAUGAUCCUCAGUUCGUCACUCCUUAUCCGCGGUUCUCUGCAGAUCCGGAUGGCUGGUCCGUGUUGAUCCAAGCUCAGCAAGUUCUUGUCUCGGCAACGCAAUUCGUUAUUGAUUUGAAUAAAUGUAUUUCAACGAGGACGAACAUGCAUUACAUCUACGAACGGAUGCAGCAACUUGACGCAUGGGCGAGUUCUGCGCUGGCGCGGUCCAAUCUGCUUCCCAUCGUGCCCCAGUCCGUGGCCUGCGGUGCCGAGAUAGAGUUCACGACAGCGCAAAGUAUACGCGCGAUAUCGCGAAUAAAACUGUCGAGCGCGCAAAUAAAGGUCCACCGUUUCAGGGCGUUCUCGGACAUCCCCAUUUUCAUCAAAAAGCACUGCGACCUCACCGCAGCCAGCACCACCAACGUAAUAGCAAAUGACCCUUCCAAAACCUCCCGAACCGAAGACGGGAUUGUCAACAUCGGAUGCUCCUGUAGUCUCGAGCCCUUCCAGCCCUCUUCAAGCGAAUAUACCCCCUCGGCAUCUUCUGGCGCAGCAUCCGAUUUCCAAUCCAUGUCGCAAUUUUCUUUCACCAGUGGAUUCCCCUACAGCAGCCAACAUUCAGCCAAGAUGUGUCUCCGAGCAUCUCUUCUGAUCUCGCGAAUGUUCCACUGUCUCCCCCUGCCGCAACCAAUCCUCAAGACCCAGCAGGGUCUGCAUCACAUGCUACCGAACCAGCUCCCGCGCACUAUGCCCUCAUUUGCUUGUUGUCUGAUGCAGGGCAGCUACGCCAUGCUGAUGAUAUUCUACAAGGCCCGCGUCGAGAAUCAAAUGCCCCCGGAUUCCUAUGGAAACAAUAACACCAAGACCAAUACCAAUAACAGUAAUCCUACCCCCUCGGACCGGCUCAUCGAGGAAAUCCGCCAGGGCCUGGAACGCAUCAUUACCACUGUCACCAACUACGCAAUCGCUUUCGAGGCGUUGGAUGGGAUGAGGGAUGAAAUCGAAGGAGCAUAUCACACGGCGUUUCCUCGCGUUCAGGCUCAAGUACAAGUUCCAGCUCAAGUUCAAGCGUAGACAUCGAAUUUAUUUUCCCAUGGUGGAUUACUUCUUCUUUCCAACUUCUUCCACACACUCUACCUUUUGAUAAAACCCCUCUAGCUAGCCAGCUAGCUAGAUAGUUAGUCUACCUGCCUUAAAUUUCUUGAUGCAGGGGAACUAGACCGAGCUGCGUAUAGUAUAAUAGUAAUAGUACUUACUAUAUACCAUAUUAUAUACGCAUGUUUUCCCC